AUGAACUCCGAGAACAGUGUUUUAUCGCUAACUGGACAAGCGAAAGCCUUGACACUGGAUGCUGGUGAGGGAACUGCUCAAGAAGAAAGAGCUGUGCUUCAGAAUCAACUCAAAAGGUCUAGCACCGAGGACAGCAAGUUGAAAUGUUCCGACGAUGCGAACAUUGAGCGAGUAGUGCAACAGCAGAACGAGGAGGAGAGUUUUAAAAACAUGGAUGUAAGCAAUAUGAAAAGUUCGUGCUUGCAAAUCCAUAAUCGGUCGUUUUGCUCCAAAAGUUGGACGAUUUGUCUGAUUGCUGCACGAGUUGGAUGCACAUCCAGAAAAUACUUCAAUUUUUGUUGCUGA